UCUUCCCCUGCAAACAAACGCAAUCGCGAAGCAUCGAAUCGGAUCAGAGUUUUGGGAAAAAAAGACAGACAGAGAGGAAAUCGCCGUCGCCUUCCACCUCGCCGGCGAUGCAGCACGGGAGCGGCGACUACGCCUCCUCCGCCCCCGCGGGCCACUACUACCCUCACCAGUACGCGCCGCCGGGGCCGACCCCCCACCCCGCCGCCGCCGACCCCCCGAUCCCGGGGGGCUACGCCUCCGCGCCGCCCUACUCCGUCGGCGGCUACCCCGAGCAGCCGCCAUCCGCCCCGUCCUACACGCAGCCGCCCCAGUACGCCGGGUACCCGCCCUACAACCCCACGCCCUACCCCCCGGAACCCACGCCGGCGCCGUACUACAGCUACUCGCAGCCCACCCAGCCGACUCCCGCAGCGGAACCCAGCCCACCGCCCCUUCCCUAUGAUGCCCCGUACUACGGUGGAGGCUACCAGCAGCCCGCCGCUGGGUAUGGCGACGACGAUUACCUGAACGAGGGCGCGUAUGCCUAUACCGGGGACGCAGGCCCCGAGCCGUACGGCGCGCGGGGCACGGCGCCGACCCGGUCAGGAGCCGCGAUGUUUGAUGACUACGGCCGGUCGAUUGGACUCUCUUCCGGAGGGGCGGAGCAGCCACACGGCGGCGGGGGCGGCAGUGUGGGUGGGAGCUUUGGGAAGAUUGCGAGGGCUGUUCCAAAAGCAGAAACCCAUGAGGAUGCUAGUGGUGGUGCGCAAAAGUUUCGGGUUAAGCUGCUGCCAGAGGGUGCCGGAAGCCCUACCGAUGUGCUUUGCCAGAUUGGUCUGGAUGGAAUCCGCAUGCUUGAUCCCAGCACAAGCAGGACCCUAAGGAUUUAUCCCCUUGAUACACUGACGAAAUGGGAGGUUUUGGAUUCAACUGUAUUUGCGAUUUGGGCAAAGACUUCAGUAGAUUUUGAAGCAAAGCGAAUAAGGCUGAAGUCAAACAGCUAUACUUCUAAUACUUUGCUCGACACUGUGACAGCAGCAACAGUCCAGUUUAAAGAGAUCGGUGAAGAUGCAAGAGCCAAAGGAACAGUAGAUGCUGGUAAAUCCUCAAUACAAUCAAAUGAGAAGAAAAAAGGUUUUGAUUGGAUGUUUGCGAAACCUGUUGAUGAAGUGAAAGAUCAUUGGGUUCCAGAUGAGGCUGCUAAGAAAUGCCAGUCUUGUGCUGGUGAUUUCAGUCAUUUCAACCGCAGGCAUCAUUGUAGGAACUGUGGCGAGAUCUUCUGUGAUAAAUGCAGCCAAGGAAGAAUUGCUCUGACAGCUGAAGAUAAUGCUCCACUUGUCCGAGUUUGCGAUAGAUGCAUGGCAGAGGUUUCUCAGAGACUUAGUAUGGCACAGGAAGCUGCCAACAGAUCUACCACAGUGCAAAGUCAUGGAGAUCUUGCAAGAAAACUGAAGGAGGAACUGGAGAGGAAUCGCAAGUCUUCAGGGACGGCGUCUGGAGGUGCAUCUGGAACAAGAAUGCGAGAAGUUGCGUGCCCUACCUGCACAGUCCAUCUUCAGGUUGAAGUUCCAAUCUCUGGCUCUGAAACAGUCGAAUGUGGAGUGUGCCAGCAUGCUUUUCUCGUCAGCGCCAAUUGAUAGGGAGACAGAGCGUGACCUGUCAAAUUAUUCUGUUGAUAACACUAUUUGUUUCCCCAGUUCUAUACCAGAAAUAAGCGUGUGUGUUCAACUUGUAGAUGUUUGUGUGGCUGUGUUGGUAAUCGAGGUAGGAUGUAUUUAUUUUUCUUGUACAUGUGUGUUCUGAACAUGGGAAGUUGUUGCCAAAAAUGCUGGUUGUUCGUGAAGAAUUCCAACAGAAUACUCGUUGGUCCAAACAGCGUGUACUUCUAAUCUGACAGUUUCUUAAGUCACGUACUGACCGAAGUUCUAUCAUGCUCCCUUUUGGGUAUAGCUUCUCUGCUCUUGCAGAAACCGAAUAUGGGAUGACUUUGAAGCAAUCUACACAACUAUAUAAGAUAAAGAACUGCAUGCUCGUGAUUACACAUGAAUAUGACGUGUUGACUUGGAUCUUUUUUGGCUUCCUGUCUCAGAAAAUAUAUCGUUUUUUCAGCGUGAUGCACUUGAUAUGAACAUAUCGAGUUGAGUAACGAAAUGCUUACGAGCCAAAACACAUUAUGUUUGAUGAAUAGAUCGUAAGUCUUUUUUAAAAUGCAUGUGACCGAAAUUAUCUGCUGACAAGGAAGCUGAACCAAAAGCAAAAUCAGACCAAACCGCGUCUACUGAUGAGGGCGGACCCAAGCUAGCGACAGUCAAGUCAACCGAUCAUAGAAAUAUCUCCUUUCUUCUUUCCUUUUGCUUUGCACACAUACUAGUGGGCAGUGGCACCGGCAGCAAGUAGUCUAUUCAUCUCAGAUCUGAAGUUCACUCCCUCUCCCGGUGUUCUCUUCCCAGCGUGGAUCCUAAAUCGCGGACGCCGGACGAGGAGCGUUCCUCUCCAAGCUUCUUACAUCAUCAGCAAUUAAUGGCCACCGGAGGUAUGACCCUGGAGAGCCUACCGAACGAGCUACCAUUAGACUUCUUGAGCAAAAUCACAAAUAACUUCUCCGGUGAGCUACUACUUGGUCAGGGCGCGUUCGGGUCAGUUUAUAAGGGGAUCCUGGACGAUGGAGUGGUUGCUGUGAAGAAGCUCGCAGAAAAUUCGCCUGUACCACGUGACACAAUAUUCGCGAAUGAGGUUCAGAAUAUUAUGGUGCUCGAGCAUGAAAAUAUCGUCAAGUUGGUUGCCUACUGCCGGGAAGCACAAAACAAAUUGGUGCAGAGCAACGGACGAUAUAUUAUUGCAGAGAUCACUGACACUGUACUCUGCUAUGAAUACUUGCCUAAGGGGAGCCUUCACAAGAAUCUUUUUGGUGAAUCCAGUAGCAUUGAUUGGGAUAUGCGCUUUAAAAUAAUAAAGGGAAUAUGUGAAGAAUAUUCGGCCAAGAUCAAACCCGAAAGAACACACGAAGUGUCGUGGGAUCGAUUGGGUACAUGGCCCCGGAGUAUCUGUACAAUGGCGAAAUCUCGGCUCGGUCAGACAUAUAUAGUUUAGGCCUAAUCAUAAUGGAGAUAUCCACGAGAGAGAUGAAUAGUUCUAGCACUGACCAGAAGCAUGCAAGGAAAUAUAUUGAUGGAUUUCACAUUUUUAUGUAGGUAAAAGAAAAUUGGACACUGGAGAAAAUAAUGUGUGAGUACAUUGAGUUAGAAGAACAUGGUUUCAAUCAAGUAGAAGCAUGUAUCAAUAUUGGUCUACAGUGUGUAGAGAUUGAUCAGAAGAAGAGACCUUCCAUAGAGAACAUUGUCAAUAUGCUCAAUAAGCUUCCAGUGAGCGAGGAGGUCUCCCUGUCCACGUGAGCACAAAACAUCCCACUUUUCAGUGAGAGAUGCCGAACAUCAAGUAAAACAAGAUCAGUGCUACAAAAGUGGAUGAUGAAACCAAUGUUUGCAUUCAAUAAAGCAAGCCAUGAUGGCCUUUUUGUAAAAAAGUAUUAAUGAGAAGUGUAUUGUGAACAUGACCCAUUGAUAUCACACAAUUGCAAAUAUAUUUAGUUUUACUUC